AGAUCUGUUGGUGGGAUCAUCACGCAGCUUCUUUACAUUUCAAGCCUUUCGUACCAAAAAGAGAAAAAAAAAAGGAAUGGGGUUUUGCAUGAAUAGAAAAUGAAGUAAAUUUCCUUGGAUCCAUCAUCGACCUCCACUCGAUGAUUUGAUAUCCUCUACAUAUAUGCAUAUAAUACGUGGAUGCAUUUUCUUGGACUGAUUUUGACCCUACCGAUUCUUGUUGGAUCCAGGCGUGGAUUCCAAAACAAGAACAGAAAUUGACCCCAAUCUUCAUAUGGAUAAUACCUCUUCUUGUUAAGAUCUUGAGGUUUUUGGACUCUCUGUCGAAGAUGAUGGAGAUGGUGUGAUCUUGGAUCUGAAAUUUCUAAUUCAAGAACCCUGAUUUUUUUGGAAGAGGUAACUAAAUUCACUGUUGUCUUAAUUGGUGGAAUCUUUUUUCACAUAGAUCGGCAGAUCUGUGAAGUAGGGCUUUGAGAUUUUUUGUUCUCUUCUGUGACUGUUGGAUCUUGGGCUUAUUAAGGAGCCACCUGAGAAAAGAUCACAUUUUUACCCCCAAAUUAUCUGAAAGGAGAGAAAACCCAGGUUAAUUGCAGUGGUAUAAGGCUCUAGUUUGAGUUUUCUGUUCUUCCUGGGAGAGCUUUCCGUUCGUAAAAAUGCAUGCCAGGCAUCGAGGUCCAGUGACAGCUUACAAUAGGUCUAAUUCAAUGAGGAUGGUAGGUGGGGGCCAUGUCCCCGCAUCGUUGCGAAUUUCACCUGAAGGAUCCAUUAGAGGCCAUCAUGAAAUGUACAGCUCUGAGUACAGGAACUAUAACCGUGAUGGGUUUGGGCAUGUUCAGCCGAAGCACUUUCCUAUGCGGGACCCUUCACCCCGGAGAAGUGAUGUGUUCAUGGAGGCUGGUCGAAUGGCAGCCGAAUAUUUGGUAAGCAAAGGGUUGCUGCCACAAAGUGUACUGUUGGGGAAGGGGCAGAGUGGUAACUUGAGGAAUUACAACCCCGGUUUUCGGUCUCAAGAAGGAGGUGAUAUGCAGCCGCUGCCUGUUGGGCCUUUGGCGAGCCGACCAUCAGCUCUUUCUCGCCUGGGGAAUCACGUACCUGAUAUAGUGCCAGGGAGGAAGAGGUAUUCUGAUGAUUAUGGUGCAGCUGGCCCUAACAAGGGUCAGUUUAGAGGCAGGAGAAGAAAUGGCUAUUUUAAGGAUUCUGAUUGGAACCGUGACACGGGAAGAAGCGGGUCAUAUUCUAAAAGAUCAAGGGCUUCGUCUCCUGAGACAGAUGAUCGCCGUGUUGAUUCCUCGGUGCAUCAAGAUUUAAAGAAAAUUGCUAAAGAAGGAUCAGCCAAAACAAUUCCGGAAACAGGUUCUGAUGCGAAUGCGGCCUGUGAUUCUGAGUUAGCCUUAGAAAAACACAACUCUGUGGGCGAUAAAGCUUCGAAGGAAAGUUCUUCUAGUAGUCGGAAGGAUCUUCCACCAAAGGACGAAGCUGAGGAUGUUCAGAUGUCUGCCAACAUGGAAACAUCCACUAGUGAAGUUGGGGAAAGUAAGAGUGGCAAUGAUAAUGGUGGCACGGACUCCCAUGUUGAGUUGCGUGUGGAAGAAGGGACACCUACAAGCAAGAAAGGCACUGACUUGCUUAGCCUCUGCAGAUUUGAGAAUGUUCCUAGGAGAACCCGUUCUUCGUUGACAGUUAGACGUUCAAAGGUUAUCUGUGAUGCUGCUGUCACAGUAGAGGAGGAGAAGGAUACCAAUGAGUGUGUACAACCUAAGGAAUUUGAAGAAAUCCCAUUGAAUGAUUCAUUUAAUCAAAACUGCGACACUAAAUCCCCUUGUUAUGGCAAUCUAAGUGUGACACCUCCUGAAGAAAGGAAUGCUUCUGUUCAUCCUGUUGAAGAAGACCGUACGAGUUCAGUAUCUUUCACAGAUGACACUAUUAUGGAAGUUCCUGAAAAAAUUCAAGAACUAGAGGAAGAAAAUGAGCAGGAGCAAAAUAUGAAACCUCUAGAAUUGACUUUACCAGAUGAUGUUCGGUCAGAUUGUUUCUUUUACCAUUCUGGUUUAGAGGAAAAGGAAAAGCUGCAGAAUUUGCACGACCCAAAUGGUAACAUCAUGCAAACUGAUGACUUUGAAGAAAAACAACUCUUCCCAAGUGCAUUCAAGACUUGUGACUUAAAUCUUAUGGAGGCUGCUGAUGUGAAUGAGAAUCAUGAUGUUGACACCGAUCUCAUUUUUCCGUCUAUUAUUGGAAGUCGAAAAGAACCUCUGCCUAUUGAUUUGUCAAUGAAUAAUAACUGUGGCAUACCGGACAAAUAUAACAAUUGUGGGUUCGAUGGAAAAUACGUCGAAGUGAUUGAUCUGGAAAACGAUUCUGAACAAGAGGGCAAGCCAUUCGAUGAUCAACUGGGGAGUUCCUUAACAGAACUAACAAGCCGCGACGGAUAUGCAAAUAACAAUGCGAACAGUGUGAAUGAGAUUGCCGAUGUUCAUGAUGGCUAUGGACUGAUGUUAUCGGAGCUACUUGGGAAUGAUAUUCCAAACUGCUCCUCUGUACCAGGUGGAGAUGAUAUGAGUGUUCUACACAAUGAUAUGGGACUUCAUAAUGGAGAGGGACUUCUUGGCGACGACGAUUCAAUCUAUAUGUCACUUGGAGAAAUACCCAUGAGCUUCCCGUGGGAACAACCACCUCAAGAAUACCGGAGGCCGUUUUAAACCACCCUGUGUAUCAUAUCAUAUCAUAUCAUAUUGAGGUUUAGCUGAUCAAUAAUACUCCUAUUAGUUGUGUACCAAUACUAGUACUACUACCAUGGAGAGAACCUUUGUAUCUAGGUUCUCUAACCUUGUAUCAGUUGCUGUUUUAUAUAUCCUUUAUCAGUUGCAGUGCCUGUUUACCCACUCACAUCACAUGAUUGCUGUAUUCACUUCACAUAUAUAUAUAUUUUUCUUAUGUAUCAUUUCUUUGGUUGUGCUCUUCACUUAUGGGUUAUUUGCCAACCAUGUUAGUCUUUUUUUGUCAAGAAAAGUUGGCAUGAAAU